AGCUGUGAACACGUGACUCACUCCAAAAUUUUGGCAUUGUUUGCCUGAAUAAUGGCAGCCUGUCACUCCACCCAUCACAAGCAAUUGCAGCCCGAGUCGACGGGCGCCCGCGUUGUCGCUGGCGUCGUUCACACGACGUCGGAGCCACCGCGGUUGAAAUGUUUCGAAGAGUCACAGUAAUGUGGAUAACCCGCAGAUUGCACAGGUUUAAAAAUCUCCAUCUCAUUUCUGUUCUGUUUGCAGGUUGACUGCACAUUUUGAUUUUUUUGGGGGGUUGGAGGUGUGGACUUUUUAUUCCGUGCGUAAUCCUGAAAAUGUUGUCGCUUUUUUUCUUUUUAAUGAUGCCGGAUUUAAAAUCGUCCGCUGUUUUAACGGUGGUGGGGAUUUAAGAAGGUGGGCGGGUGUAUGUGUGUGUGUGUGUACACUAACAGGCGGGCUGAUGGCUCAAGAAUGCAACCCUUCCACAUGUUGUCUGUAGCUGGACACGCAGAGCGGCAGAGGAGCGCAGCGCGCCAGAGCGAGAGCGCACGGGAACCUGGAGAGCAGAGCGCACACUCUUCUCAUUUUUCUCAUCUCCUCAUUUUAAAAAGCUGCAGUUUAACUUAUUUAUAUUUUUUCCCCAUCCUUUGGUGUAUUUGGAGUUUUUUUUCUUGAUAAAGAGCAUGCCGGUUCCUCUUCAUUUGACCGAUUUUACUUGAGGUUAUAGGAGUUUAAAAAACAAACAAAAACAAACAAACAAACAAACAAAAAAAUGGAGACGUUUACAAUACAAGACAUGCUCAUUAAUUCAACCGACCUCAACAAGAUUCUGUGCAAUUUCGGGAUCAGGAAUCUCUCGGAGUGCGAGAGGGAACAGGAGUCGUCACCCGAACCUCAAGACAUCAACCAGACAGUGCGGAUCGUCCUCUACAGCCUCAUCUUCCUCCUCAGCGUCCUGGGCAACGGCCUCAUCAUCACCGUGCUGGUGAGGAACAAGCGCAUGAGGACCGUCACCAACCUGUUCCUGCUGUCGCUGUCCGUCAGCGACCUGAUGGUCUCCCUGGUGUGCAUCCCCUUCACCCUCAUCCCCAACCUCAUGAGGGACUUCAUCUUCGGCAUCGGGAUAUGCAAGCUGGUCAUGUAUUUCAUGGGUGUCUCAGUAAGUGUUUCCACCUUCAAUCUGGUGGCCAUCUCUCUGGAGCGCUACAGUGCCAUUUGCAACCCGCUGACCUCCAGGGUGUGGCAGACGAAGUCCCACGCCGCCAAGGUCAUCACCGCCACCUGGGUGGCGUCCUUCAUACUGAUGCUGCCCUACCCCAUCUCCAGCACCCUGAAGCCCUUCACCCGCCUCAACAACAGCACCGGGCACAUGUGCCGCCUGGUGUGGCCCAACGACACCAUCCAGCAGUCCUGGUAUGUGUCUUUGUUGUUGCUGCUCUUCCUGAUCCCUGGGAUCGUCAUGAUGACGGCCUACGGACUCAUCUCCUUGGAGCUUUACCGAGGCAUUAAGUUUGAGCUGUCCAGCAGGAAAUCUAGAGACAGACAGUCCAGCUGUGGCAGCAUCAAGCCGGGCGAUAGUGAUGGCUGUUAUCUGCAACCCUCCAAGAAGAAGAGCGUGCCAGUUAAUGCCAGCAAACCUGCAGACAGCAGCAAACCCAUGGUGGGCCGCGUGUGUGGCGCCAACUCUACUUCCAACCUGAUGGCUAAGAAGCGCGUGAUCCGCAUGCUGCUGGUUAUUGUCUUUCUGUUUUUCCUGUGCUGGACUCCCGUCUUCGUGGUCAAUGCGUGGCAGGCUUUCGACCGGCGCUCCGCCUACCGCCUGACCGGUGCGCCCAUCUCCUUCAUCCACCUGCUGUCCUACACAUCCGCCUGCGUCAACCCCAUCAUUUACUGCUUCAUGAACAAGCGCUUUCGCCAGGGCAUGCUGGCCACCUUCACCUGCUGCAGCUGCUUCAAGAAGAGCAGCGGAAGGAGCAGCAGCCUGGGGAAGUCGGCUGGAAGCAGGACGACUAAAGCGGAAACUGUCAGAUCGAGAACAGAAGCGAAGGCCCCUGAGCAGAAUGGUCAUACCCCGCCAAGCGGAGCCAGCACACGCUUCACCUACACAGGCAUCCGAGCAUCAGCGUGGAGCGAGCUGACGUAACCUGGACUGAUAUGUUUGCGUGUAAGAGUGCUGGCCAGAGUGCCAACACACGAGAGGAAUCUGUGGUGUGUCGUGUUAACGUAAAGCCCUCACAGUGCUUAUAGGACUAGUUUAUGAGCAGCUAUGUUGCUUUAGCUCAGAGUACAACAUGAGUGCAGCAUUUAUGGCCGUGGAGCAGAAGUGGUGUACAUUUGGUGCUGUCACAGCAGAUUAACAUGGCCUAGUGUUUCCUUAAUGCUUGCAGCGUCAGAGUGGCUGACUGGUGCCUGAUUAUAUUAAGCUUCAGGGGCCAAAAGUCUGACAGAGAAAGGGAGUGACAACCUAUUAGUGUCCAACAUAUAACCCGCUUUGAACGCAUUUCAUAUUGCGUAUGAAAAUGUGCAUCAGUUUUCAGAAUUGGCCAAAAAGAGCAAAAGAAGCAACAGCGAUUUCUCACUUCAUCAUCUUCUGAUGCUUUAAACUUUGAGGUCCAUUUAGUGUGUGACAUAAAGAUUCGAGGUCUCCCGGUUAAAUUGUCAAAGAAUCAAGUUUAAAACUAGCUAACGUGCCCUUCAAGUUCCCAAGAAGCGAGAAAAUGCGAUGUGAGAAAAGCUCCUGCAACCGCUCUGUAGUAGGCCCUGUAUAUUUUGUCUUAUCUCCUUCUAGUGAGGCAGCCAUUGCUUUCCAGUCAUCUUUGCAAGGCGUGAAAAUGAGUUACGAGACUUCUGAAACUUUCUGGACUUGUUGAACUGUCUUGCUGUGGUAGAGGAGCCCCGCGUAAACUCUCAGCUGUAAUCUUUUCUUAAACAAGUAGUUUGACCUGGAGUGGUUCGAGAGCUGGGGGGUACUUUUCGCUUGUGUAAUUAGCUUAACUUUUACGCUCGGAUGUGCUAACUGCCUUUCAGCUGUAGCUCUGACAUUUAUGCAGGAAAGACAUGCGUAUACUCCAAAAUGUCAAAGUAAAAAAAUCAACUGUUUUGAAAUGCACAAAUUCAAACCAAAACGUAUAAACAUGUCGUUGUUUCUCUCUCAUCGUGGAGCCGUUCUCUUAGCGGCUAUCUUAGCAUAAAAGCCAAGUGUGACGAACAGUUUCUCAGACACUGUUUUUGUGCAGCAAACUCUCACCCUAGUAAACAGGACUUUAUUUGUCAAGCUCAGGAGCGGCUGCCUCAAAACAAAAACCAUUACCUACCCCUGCGCAAAUAGUCCUGCUCUCGUCCUUGACCCACUGUGAGUAUAUGUGUACACCUAAGGGGCAUACUGUAGCGCUGUUUGUACUAUGGGAACUGGAUAGGCCUUAUCGUUGGGACUUAAAACACCUGGAGCGCCUCUUCAAAGAGCGAACUGCCGGCUCUACCCGCCCGAUUUCCACGGAUUCCUUACUGUUAAAUAUAGCAGCAUUGAUGUAGCAACUUAUCCCCAUUGUAUUACAGUCUCCUUGUUAACAACAGUGUUUUUUAAAUUCUUUUAUGUAUGAAGGAAGCGAGUUUUGAAGAAUCUUUGGACAAAUAAUUGAAUGUAUAAAUAUGAUCUGGGUGUGGCUCUGUGCACAAGGAUACGUGGUGCACUCUUGCAAAUCGAUGACUAAUUUACCGAUGACUUACCAUUAAGACUCGGGGGAAGAAGAACCCGGAGCUUUUAAGAGGGGAAUCUGUGGCGACGUCCUCGCAGACAUAAGAGCUCGAUUUGGGCUCGGCCGAUGCCCUCAUCCCGCAAAGCACCGGAAGACGAUGUUUACCUGUGACUGGAAAGGAGAAAAAAAAAAGAAAAGAAAAAAAGGAAAAAUGUCUCAGAUUACCUACGAUUAUUCAACAUUUAUAAAUGUACUUGCUUGAGCUUCAGACGACAAUUAAAAAUCGUACACAAAGUAAGAUUUUAUAUCACUUUUUUAUUUGUCAUUUUUAUGCCAAUAUUGCAAGUUUUUUUUCCACUUUUUUUCUUCUUUUAAUGACAUACAGAUUUGAGCAUGAUCUGGAGCUGCAAUAUGUACAAAAACAAACUAACGUAUGUUAUCAAAAAAAAAAAAAAAAAACAACAAACAAAAAAAAGAACAAAAAACCGUCCCCUUUGUUUUGACGUUAUUGCUAAAUGUUACAAACGGCACAGGUUUUUCUACCAUCAGCAACCCUUUGAGCACUGAGUAUACUACCACAAUGACACCUCUGCUUACCAUUUACUAGAAUAAUACACAGAUACAGUGAGAAAAGUGAGAGACAGUGAAAGGACGCGAAGGAGAGGAGGGGGGAAAAUGACGAGAAAAGAAGAGUGAUCCAGGCUGCAGCGAAGCUAAGCGUGAAGGGCUGCGUGUUAA